AUUAUAUCCAAGUGAGGACUAUAAAAAGACAUGUCAGUAAAGUAACACCAAGACUCUCAACUCUAUCAUGUUGCUGUUCCAAUUGAUACCAUUUUUUUUAGCUGCAAGAAUUACUAACAAUGUUGAAAAUUGGAUUUACGGAGCUGAAUAUAAUUUUUCGGGUUAUUUAAAAAUGAUAACAUCACUUGAAAGUGAUAAAGGAGUUAAUCAUGGUACAAUUGUUAAUUUGUCCUUGAUAUGUCGUCCGAAAGAACCAGAUUUUUUAAGAUGUCAACUAGAAAAUACAAUAAUAAGUCGUCUUAAACCUCAAGGCUUUGAUAAUCACCAAUUUAAAAAUAAUGAUUUCAAUAAUUAUCGUGAUAUAAAUUUAAUAAAUGUACCAUUUGAAAUUAAUUUUAAUGAAAAUGGUAUUAAUUAUUAUACAUUUGAUAAAUCAGAUAAUAAAAAUUUACCAAUGUUUGCUGUUAAUAUGGCAAGACUUGUUGGUAAUCAAUUAAAUUUUGGUAACGAUUUUUCGGAUGAAAUGAGAAGAAAAUUUCGAGGAUUUGAAAAUUCUACAGUUGGAGAGUGUCAAGUUGAUUUCGACAUUAAAAGACAACCAUUUGAUCAUUCAGAUGAAUUAUUUAAUGAUUUUUCAUUAAUGCCAAUUGAUAAACUUGGUGAAUCUAACAAUGAAAUAAUUUCUAUAUCGAAAAAUAGAAAUUUAAAAAAUUGUUUAAAAUAUGGUGAACCAUUUUUUGGCACGAGAUAUACACUUGGACUUAUUUUACGAGAUGUUCAAACAAAACUGAAAACAUCUAAAAGUAAAAUUACAACAUCAAUUCAUGAAUUUACAUCACAAACAAUUAAUGAAAAUGACAUUUAUGGAGAGGACAAAAAGCUAUUAGGAAAAGUAACAGAUUACAUGGAAUUAAAUUUAAUAAAAAUUGUUCCAGCAAAAACUAAAUUACUAGACUUUAAAGAACCAGUUAAAUUUGGUGUGUUAUUAGAAAAAUUAGAAACCGGUGAAUCUCAAUAUUAAAAAAGCUAAUUAUAAAAAACAAAAGAAAACAAUACUAUGGUGGGACGCUUCGCGUCUAUCCUACCUCCGUAAAAAAUAUCAAAAUAAAUGUAAAUUUAAUGAUAAUAAAAUAGUAAUUUUAACAAAUGAAA